AUCCUUUAUUUAUUUAUAUUUAAUUAAUAAUUAAAAACAACAUUGAGUGAGUCUGAAGCCUGGUGGGCUUAAACAGGCUGCUCCUUUACAAAAUAAAGGCUCUCCCCCUUUCGUUUCAAUUCCCAUUCUCAAAUAGGAAAUUUCAGGUUAGUUGAUGUUUGAGUAUCUCUAUCGCCAUUGUAUAUGGGCCACUCUAGUUUCUUGAAUUUGUUGUUUGCUGUCGGUGUGUGGUGUGCUGCAUAUAUUAGUGUCGCGAUUGUGGCGUCUUUGCGCAUCUUCAAUUCCAUCUGUUCGUUCUGAGUCAGUAAAGCAAUUUGACUGGUGUGGAACGCUGUAAUGGGAUAUGCACAACUGGUUAUUGGUCCUGCAGGCAGUGGUAAGUGAGUAUCCGUGUUUUUGGAGCCAGUCAACCUACUGCUCUAGCCUGUACCAGCAUUGUGAAACCCUUGAACGGUCAAUACAUAUUGUGAACCUUGAUCCUGCUGCUGAAAAUUUUAACUAUCCAGUAGCUAUGGAUAUAAGAGAGCUAAUUAGUUUGGAUGAUGUUAUGGAGGAGCUUGGAUUCGGUCCAAAUGGUGGUCUGUCUUACCGCAUGGAACAUCUUGAAGAAAAUCUGGAUGAAUGGCUGGCUGAAGAAUUGGACAAUUACUUGGAUGAUGACUAUCUGGUUUUUGAUUGCCCAGGCCAGAUAGAGCUCUUUUCACAUGUAGCCAUGCUUCGUAACUUUGUGGAGCACUUGAACCGCAAGAACUUUAAUGUGUGUGGUGUAUAUUGGCUUGAUUCUCAGUUCAUCACGGAUGUGACUAAGUUCGUAAGUGGAUGCAUGGCAUCACUUUCUGCAAUGGUCCAGCUUGAAUUACCACAUGUUAAUAUCCUCUCAAAAAUGGACCUGGUAACAAACAAGAGGGAUGUCGAAAACUACUUGGAUCCAGAGCCUCGAUUUCUGCUUUCAGAACUGAAUGAAUGGAUGGCUCCUUGGUUUAAAAAGCUAAAUAAAUCUUCGAUUGAAGAGGUGAAAUACUUACUUGUUCAAGUUCCAAUUAGGUGUGAUCAUACGAAAUUACAAUGGAUGGAUUUUGAGUGGUUGAAUAUAGCAUGGUUAGCCUUAUUCCACUCGACUUGAGGAAGGAAAGCAGCAUACAGUAUGCAUUGGCUCAAAUAGGUAACUGCAUUCAGUAUGGUGAAGAUGCUGAUGUAAAGAUUAGGGAUUUUGAUGCAGACAACGAUGAUGACGCAUAAAGCCUGCUAAUGGUUGCUUACUUACUAUGAAAUCGUUAUUUCACUCUGUAUAUGAGGGAAAAUAGAAUACAUUUUUGAGGUGAGAACUGAGAACCUGUUUUGAGUUGGGGGUCAAAUCUUGAGUGCUAAGAUUUAUUUUGUAUUGUAAAUUUGGGAUGAUGGAAACCAUUGAAAGGGAUUUCACCAAAAGGCAAAAUUUGUGAUUAGAUUCCUUGCUUUUGGGUGUUUAAUCCCUUUUCAUCGUGAAUGCUUAAUUGACUUAAUGGAAUUCAACACCUGCAAUUGUUUUGUA